AUGGGGGCAGGGGAAAUCGUGCAAUGUCUUGUCACUGCAACACCUGCUGCAGCAGAUGCUGCUCCUGCUAAUGUUCCCCCUGCUGCUGCUGCUGGUGAACACGGGGAAGCCAGAGAGACCAAUGGUGCCUCCUCCGACUCAGCCAACGGCUCUCGUGGGAUCGUCCCCUUCUUUGUAGAUGAGGCGAUCCCAGUUAGGCCCACAAGAGGAGGAGGAGGAGCAGCAGCAGGGGGUGUUGCUGCUCCCAGAGGAGGAGCAGGAGGAGGAGGAAUGGCUAGUUCUGCUGCUGCUGCUGGAGUUCCCACGCUGCAGUAUAGUAUAUCCGAACAAGCCCGGCAAACCCCGCACCGGCUGCAGCAAGUACUAACGCCCGCGGACAGCAGCAACAGCAACAGCAGCAGCAGCAGGACCACUCUACUGCUACUGGACCUCCUGCUGCGGCAAGUGGCCCAGGAAGCAACAGAACAGCAGCAGCAGCAGACCGUACCGGCACCCAAAGAGCAGCAGCAGCAAGCAGAGGAGGCGACGCCCGUCUUCCUGGAGCUGCUGUUUAUUCCUGCCCCUGACGACCAGCAGCAGAAGAGCAGCAAAAAACAUCAGCUGCCAAAGAUCUGCACCAAAUACCGGAUCGUCUCCGCUGGGGUUGACUCCACCAUACAGCUGUGGAAGACAGAAAAACAACUGGCUGUAGGAGGAACAGCCGAGUGCUCCCCUCUAGGGGAGUCCGUGGCUUUAUUGUCUCCUUCAGCAGUUCUGGUGGCUUCCCACCGUGACGACAGACAGCUGAUGGUCUUGCGGCUUCCCGACUUUGAAACCCUUCAGGUCCUUGAUAUCAACACCGCUUGCUGCUGCGGUCCUGCGAACCCCCAGGAGGCGGUACGGCCUGCUGUGCCGCAACUCCUUGCUGACAGCGACAGCAGUAGCAGCAGCAACAGCAGCAGCAGCAGCAGCAUUGUGGGGAAGGUCCCAAUCGAUGAAGGGACAUUUACGACGCAGUUUUAUUGCUGCCGUGUCUCUGCGCUGCCUGAGGGGACAGUUGCUGCUUGCUGCGGCGGCAAUAGAAAUCAAAUUCGGACGUACUUUUUGCCAGGUGGCCUCGAGAGCGCAGGCGCAGGAAGCGCAGCCAGCUCAAGCAGCAGCAGCAACAGCAGCAACUGCCCGUGCAGCCGCAACGCUUUCCACCUGUUUGGGUUGGAGACUGCAGAACAUCCGCCUCUGACUUUAGAUAUUUGCUGCGCUGCUCCUCCUCCUCCUCAGCGGAAGCAGCAGCAGAACAAGAACCAUAGCAGCAUGCAACCAGAAGCAGCAGCAACAGACGCGCAACUGACAAAACAGAGUAUCAUUAGCUCCUUCGUGGUCAGGGCUCCCAAGCAGCAGCAGCAUCAACAGCAGCAAGACCAACAGCACGAAGAAGAGGAAGAAAAAGAAGAAGCUCAAGCUGUAAUUUCUGGAGUUAUACUUGUUGCAAUCCAGGGACAGAUUGCAAUAUACGGCAUUGCUGGGGGCCAGUCCGAUUUGAGCCCCGAGUUUUCACGGCUGCGGCAGCAAAUGCUGCAGCGGCGGAACGAAGAGAAUUUGGAUGCAGCAGCAGCAGCAAGGGUGUUACAGGCACAUGCAGCAGCCGCAGCAGCAGCAGAACCAGCAGCAGCAGUAGGGGACCGUAAGGGUGUUGCAGCCCAUGACAGAGACGAUGACGAGAAGGUGUGUUGUUUGGCGUCUUUUUUCUACUAUUCCCCUUCUUUAUAG